AUGCCCCUUUGAAAUUCUCUCCUAUCCUCCUUCUUCUCUUCCUCUCUGCUCAUCAGCCUCCGUGGGCCGCUGACGCGAGCGCAGAUCUUUUCCCUUUCCCUGCCUUUUAAUCCGCUCUCCGACGCCAUGAAAGGGAGAACCUCCGACGCUUAGAGCAGUUUUGCCGCUACGGAAUGAUGAAGCUGCUCGUCUCCGCCUCCCUUCACUCCACCGCUUCCUAUGGCUGUCGUCUCUCUUCCAUUCCUUCCCCGCCCGCCGUCCCUUGCUUCGGUUCUUUCGGAGGGAAGCCGCACCGGGUGAUGGUUAGAGCUCCUGGUCCCCUAAAGAAGGUCGCCAAUGCGAGGCUCUUUGGAGGACGGAGUUUGAUUCCUCGCGCAACGCCGCCAGAGACGGAAAUGCGACCCGAAAGCAAUGAUGACGAAAACGAGAAAGAAUCAUUUCCUGUUGGAGGAUCGCCUGCUUCACUUGAACCUAUUCAGCAAGCUGAUGCCACUGAUUUUCAAUCAUCCACCAACCCGAAUAAUGACCAAUCCCAAGAGAAGGCAAUGCUUGACAUAAGUAAUACAAGUGACAAAGACGCAGGUGAUUCAAAUGCUCCAGUGGGAACUCAGGGCAAUGACGAGGUUGAAGAACUAGCAAGUGGGUCCCCCUUGCCGGGAGUCAAGCAACUUGGUGAACCAAUCAGAAUUCCGAAGGCAUCAAUAGAUAUUCUCAGGGAUCAAGUAUUUGGAUUUGAUACUUUUUUCGUCACAAGCCAGGAGCCAUAUGAGGGUGGAGUGCUGUUCAAGGGAAAUUUGCGAGGGCAGGCAUCUACAAGCUAUGAGAAGCUAACCAAAAAGAUGCAGGAUAAAUUUGGUGACCAAUUCAAACUUUUCCUGCUCACAAAUCCAGAGGAUGAUAAACCAAUUGCAGUAGUAGUUCCCAGACAAACUUUGCAGCCAGAAGCUAAUGCUGUUCCUGAAUGGUUUGCCGCUAGUGCAUUUGGACUGGUGACUAUUUUCACUUUGCUUCUUCGAAACGUACCUGCGCUCCAGUCAAAUUUGUUAUCUACGUUUGACAAUCUUGAAUUGUUGAAGGAUGGUCUUCCUGGAGCCCUUGUAACCAUAGGGUUGCUAGGAGUGCAUGAAGUCAGCCAUAUUUUAACUGCAAAAUCUAUGGGGGCUAAGCUUGGUGUUCCAUAUUUUGUUCCUAGCUGGCAGAUCGGUUCUUUUGGUGCCAUCACAAGAAUCUUAAGUAUCAUACGCAAUAGGCAAGACCUUCUCAAAUUGGCUGCUGCUGGUCCUUUAGCUGGGUUCUCACUGGGUUUAAUUUUCCUGCUUCUGGGUUUUAUUUUGCCACCUGCUGAUGGGCUUGGAAUUGUAGUUGAUCCAUCUGUUUUUCAUGAAUCUCUCCUUGUUGGUGGUCUUGCCAAACUGCUUCUUGGGGAUGUAGUAAAAGAGGGAACUCCUUUAUCUAUCAACCCCCUGGUUUUAUGGGCAUGGUCUGGACUUCUAAUAAAUGCUAUAAAUAGCAUUCCUGCAGGGGAACUUGAUGGAGGCCGCAUCGCAUUUGCUUUGUGGGGAAGAAAGGCAUGGGCUCGUAUAACUGGUGCCUCCAUUGCACUCCUUGGAGUCUCUUCAUUAUUCAAUGACGUUGCAUUUUAUUGGGUUGCCUUGAUAUUCUUUCUGCAAAGAGGACCAAUUUCUCCGCUUUCAGAGGAAAUAACUCAUCCAGACAACAAAAGUGUUGCUCUUGGAAUUUCAAUUCUAUUCUUGGGCCUUCUUAUAUGUCUACCAUAUCCAUUUCCUUUUGCACCCCAAGACAUCUUAUGAGAGAAGUUAAAAGCUGCUGCCUCAGAAAUUGGAGAUGCUCUUGCACAAAAUGUCUUCCACCAGUAAAGUAUCACUAUGACCUGCAAGGAAUUCUCUCUUUUACCAGUCUGCUUACAUGGAACUACUUCGACUGUUGGCACUUCCAGAAGUAUCCUGCAGAAGAAGAGAAGCGAUCCGCAGCUGUUCCACUAAGUGGGUUGCCCCAGAGCUCGGAAGAUACAGUUUUGAUCGACCUGCAGAUUAUGUGGCUAAAAAACUGGAGGAAGCGUGUCAUGUUAGCAUGCUACACAUGCUGAACUCCUCGAACAUUUUUGCUUGCGGAAUGACUGUAAAGUUGACUCUUCCAUGAUGGUGGAGUUGGUUAAACCACAUGGAAACUGUGUACAUGAUUUAGGCUAUUCUUUCUCAUCUGCUUGAUUGAAGCAUGGAACUUUUUUCUUGUUGCAGAUAGACCACUGCGAAGAGAAUUUGUGGCAUGAAAUGUUGA